GUAACUUCCCUUUAAUUUGGAAAACGAAGUUGUGUGAACAUGUACAGAAAUUUUAAAUUCCUUGGCGUUGCAACGAGAUAAUCACUAUAUAGAUUUAUUCUAAAACAGCUUUAACUAAGCUUAAUAUUCCAAGUCUUCCAUCUUUCUACACAAUGUUUUGAUUUUGCUGAAAUAGAACAAUAUGGAUUCUAAACACAAAGAAUUAUUGAUCAGGAAUAGGGUAGAAUUGGUAGAGAAUCUCAAUGUGUCUGACGGUCUGUUUACACAGUUGAUAGCAAGGAAAAUAUUUAACCAGCGCAUGGUUAGAACUAUACAGCAUAACAGAAGUCCAGACCAGCAAGCGGAAGAAUUAUUGAACCUUCUUCCAACAAGAGGACCUAAAGCGUUUGAUGCUUUCUGUGACUCUUUAAAAGAAGAUCUACAAGAACAUGUUGUAGAUUUAUAUUUAACAACGAAAGAAGAGGAAAAAUCUGAAACAGAAACUACAAACUCAUGUAGUAGUAGACUUCUCAAUGAUGAACCGUCUCAUGCUGAGACUACAUCUUUUAUGAGAAUUCAUACUCAUGUGACAGUUCCUUCUACAACGACAUCUCAUACUUAUGAUAAUGCAAAUUUAGCAAUAUCCGGUGCAAAUUAUACGUCUGCUGUGCAGCCACGUCCACAUUCGUCUCCGCCAAGAUUAAUCAACCCUCCAGACAAUCAUCAUCAAUUCUUUGUACAAUAUUCGUCAAACAGUCGAGACCCAAAUCAAAAUUUUUCUAAAGAAGAGCUGAAAGGCGAAGCUCGUUAUAAGUUUCAGCAUUACAUAUCCGAUCCAUAUUAUAAUGGUUUGAAUAAUGAUAAACCUAGAGACAUUUCUCAGGAAUCUUUCCAUAAAAUCAACAGUCUUCCUCAUCAUUGGGAUUCAUCACCAAGAAAGUUUGCUGGAAACACUCAUAUAUUAAUCAGGAACGAUAGUGUUGAUGCCAUGACAAAGAAUGGUAAAGAAUAUCCAGAUAAUAUGGAACAAUCAGCGAAAAGACCAAGAUUAGCUGAGGAUGAGAUCAUCACCAUUCCAGUCUUUGAGGACCCAAAGCCAAAACGAACACCACCAAUAGUAUUAGUCAGUACACAGUCUAAAGAAAUAAUAGACCCUGAACUAGAGACUGGGAAACGAUUGAUGGUCCCAGGAGGUGAACAUGAUGACCCCUCAUUAGACCUUACAGAUGGACCAGUAAUGGUCAAAGUAGAGUCCAGUACCAGACAGUUUUACAUAGAACAUUAUAAAAAGUCCUAUUCUAUGAUCAGGAUACCAAGAGGGAAAGCCUUGAUAGUAAAUGUUAAUGAAGUGGAAGGAAAGCCGCCCAGGAGAGGAACAAAUAUUGAUAGGGAUAAUCUUUAUCAUCUAUUUUCGCAGUUGCAUUUUGAUGUAACAAUUUAUAAUGAUUCAGAUGGUUUGACUGCUAAGGAAAUAGCAAUCAAAUUGCAAGAGUUUAGCGAGUUGUCUGACCACGCCCAUGCUGAUGCCUGUGUAGUAUGUAUACUCAGUCAUGGAGAGGAAGGAUAUAUAUUUGGUACAGACGGGAGAAAGAUAUUUCUAGACAGCAUCAUGUCUUUAUUUGAUAAUAGCCAUUGUAAAAAUCUAAGAGGAAAGCCAAAAAUAUUUAUUAUUCAGGCUUGCAGGGGAGGAGCAUUAGACAGUGGUGUGAUGUAUGGUGAUGAACAUGAUGGAGCCCCUUGUAAGCCUUAUCAACUACCAACUAUGUCAGAUAUGCUUAUAUGUUUUCCUACGCAAACAGGGUAUUAUGCCUGGAGAAACAGAGAACGAGGCAGCUGGUAUAUUGAAGCUCUUGUUCAAGUUUUUAUGAAGUUUGCCAGAACAGAAGAUGUUUGCACAAUGUUAAAUAGGGUCAAUUCUGUUGUCUCAAGGAAAAUAUCAAGAUGUCCACAGAUAGAAAUGGACCAAAUGUCUCAAAUGUCUGAGUAUAAAAGUACACUGAGGAUGCCACAUUUCUUCUUCUUCCCUGGCAUUGGUAGUGGAUAGAGAAAAGAAAUUAGGUAUUUGUGUUUGUUAUUCAGGAAAGUGCUAUGGAAGAACAGAUAUGUCUACAUCACAGUUAGUUAUAUAAAGGAAGGGAGAAAGAAAGAAAUAAUUGUUUUGUGGUAUCCUUAGACAGAGUUCUAGAAACGUGGUGGUCCGAAAGUUUUGACUAUCAAAAUUUCCAAAGCACCACCACAAUUUUGGUAUUUUCAAUAGUGAGGACCAGCAGAUUUCUGCGAGGACCACCAGGAAAAGAAAGAUUUAGAGAACUCUGUUUAGAUUGUUUGCGUUUGUUAUUUUUGAUAAAACAACAAUAAAUUAUCUGUAUUGUUAGAAAUGGGGUUUUGUAGAAAAUAGAUUUUUUUUGUAAAUCUUUGAAAUAAUGGUAUUCAUUAGUAAUACAAUAAACCUGUCUAAACUGAACCCUGUGUAAAGCAGGAACCUGUCUAUUCAGAACACCUGUAUCAUGACAUGCAACAAGAAUAUUUCCAUUUUGUAAACUGAAAUCCUUUCUGUUCCAAAUUAAAUCUCCAAGGUCAACAAGAAAUCCAAAGAAAUAUUCUUUAAUCAUCAUUAAAACUUGUGUACUGAUAGAUGGGAAUAAAUAAAACUGUUGAAUCAAGAUAUCAAUAGAAUAUUGAUUGAUUGUAUAACUUAUGAAUCUGAUCCAAACAUCAUUUUCUCUCUGUAAGGGGUUUGUUUGACUGAAAUGUUUUUUAUGUACAUUGUAUCAGUUGUUACUUGUAGAUAUUUUUAUGGGUUUUUGAGGUUAAUAUUUUGAAGAAAAUUGUUUGUUAUAAGCUUGUUAUUGUUUUAUAGUAUGUAAUUGUUACAAAAUCCAUAUACUUUAUGAUAUGAGUGAGAAUAUUUUCUAGAAGAAAAUGAAAUGUACGUGUUAUUUUAUAAUUUAAUCCCGAUAUUGACAGAAGAGGAACACAUUGUCGUUUAGUUUAACAAUACCUGUGAGAGUUAAUUAAAAAAUAUUAAUAAAAGAUGUUAUUUCUGUUUUUCAUUUUCAUAUUUAAAUGAUCUGCCGAAGUCACGGAAAAAGAAUUAUGCUUAAAAAUUUCUUCAUAAGACUAA